UUCUGCUAUAAUCUUAAUUUAAAUUAAUUAUGAAAAUGAGCAUCUCUAGCAGAAAGGAGGUAGCAUUUAAACUUGAAAAACCAAUAAGAGGUGAACAGAAGUUUCACUACUUCUCUGCCACAAAUGUUGCAAUGGGUCUCUACCACCAGGAGUACCAGCCCACUAGAGAGAGCACGGACACUUAUUUAUAGUGAGCAGGGAUAAUGAGGAUGCUUUGAGUGAUUCAGAUUCUGAAGAUUUAGACGAGAAAUUUCAGAAAGCUUUUGAUGCCCAGUCAUAUUGUAGUUACUCUACUAGCCCAGAAAGCCCUAGGAAGGAAGAGUCUGAAGAAAGAGAACAACCAAGGAUAAGCAUCCCCAAGUGUCUGAAGGAAUUUAUUACACAAUCUAUGUUGGAAAGAAUCUUGAAAGCAGAGAAUGGAAAGUAUCAUAACAGAGUCCAAUUGAAACCAAUGAUUAAUGUUACAUACAAAAAGAUCAUGAGGCAAGAGGAAAUUAUAGAAGGCUUCAAUUAUCAGCGAAGAAUGAUGUCUCCUGAUAAAAAGUCAAAGAUCGAAGCUGACCUGGUUUACCAUGAAGAUCUCUGAAAAUUUUACUCUUACCUUAAGGACGUCCAAAGGAAAAUAGCUGAAGUUAUGUUAUUUUCGGUCAUACGUGAGGAUGAAUCAAUUACUUUCAAGAUUGCUCCUUGGUUCUAUCAAAUUGCAAUAUCUGCUAUUGCAAGGAACAAAGGAUGGGAUAUAUUCCAACUUGUUAUGAAAUAUAAUUAUGAUAUAAAAAUCAGCCGAAGAGACCAUCAAAAGAAGAUAGUUAUAGAGUCAUACUCAGGACCUCUAACCCAAACUCUUCUAGAUGCUGAAGAAGAGAUUAUGGAAAUCCUUCGAAAUGUAAGAGCAACUAAGUUUACUUAUGGGUGGUAUUUUUAUGUAAAUAAAGCCGGUGAAAAGAUUCCAGUGUCUUCAGAGAUAAAUUCCAAACUCGAAAUGAUGCGAGUUAAGAAAUCCCCUUUAUUUUCAACAUGAAAUUUCUACAUCUCUGGGCAAAACUACAAGCCCUCUCAGUGCUUUAAGAACUUGGUCGUUCUGGUUAACAAUCCUAGCCCAAAAGGUUCCUCAAAGGGUCACUCUGGAUCCUCUAGUAUCAAACUAAUAAGAAAGAAAGUAAGGAUGGACGUUGAAGAGGUUCAGAAAUGAUGGGGAAAUACCAACGAGCUAUAUGACUUAAUUGUAAAAUCCUGUCAAUAUUCUGGAGAUACUUAG